CUUUUUCUCCUUCUUCCCAUACUUUCAUAUCACAACAUUCCCAACUUUGUAACCUUAUUUUAAAGAACUCUUUACCUAAUUAAUUGGGUAUUUUUGGCUUUUUUUUGAGAGCUGUAUGUUGGAUUUUUGUUACUUAGAUGAUGAGUCUGAAAAUGGGUUCAGUUUCUUUCAGCCAACAAAACAACCAUGGGAUCAUGGUUGAGCAAAAUCAAGAAUCAUUGUGUAUUUAUUCUUCCUCAGAAGUUUCUAGUAAUUUCUCGUCGUCUGACGACGACGAGUUGUUUGGUGAAGAAGAGGGAGAAGAAGGGAAUUCUUCAUCUUCGUCUUCGGAUCCAACUUCUCCUAAUUCUUCUGGUAGUUCAGGUCAUGAGCGCACAUCGGGAGCUUUGCAAAAUAUGUCCUCUCUUCUUCAAGAACUUCCCUUCAAGAGAGGCUUGUCAAAGCAUUACAAUGGAAAAUCACAAUCAUUCACCUCUUUAUCAAAUGUGAGUAGCUUAGAGGACUUGGCCAAACCUGAGAACCUAUACAACAAAAAGCUCAAAUCAUGCAAAAGCUAUGGAGUAUUUUUGGAAGGUUUUAAAUCAGAUCAUUACCAGUCUCCUCCUACAAAGAAAACAAACAGAAGAGGGUCAUAUUCAUCACUUAGGGCAAGGAGAAAUGGUAGCUUUCUUGGGAAUAAUAAUAGACCUCCUGUUCCUCCACUUAGAUCAACUGGCACAACUAGUUUUACUAAUCAAACCCCUUUAUUUGCUUGAUUUUCUUGUCAUUUUUUCUUGCAAGAGUUCACCAAAUGUAUUUAAUCUAUGUUCUUGUUUGGAGUCUCUUUUGUGUUUUCUGUCCUUCUACAAGCGGAAGACAUUAAUAAAUUAAAUGUUCAAAUAAAACAACAUCAAAUGCAAAGUC